AUGGCAAAACUAAAAAUAAUUAUUUAUAUUGUAAUAAUUUUUUGUAGUAGUAUCCAAUUUUCUUUUGGAUACGAAAAGGCGAUUGCUUCAUUUUAUCCACCUCCAGGUGAUUUGCAUCCCACUACUCAUAAUUUUUGGGCAUGUAAUAGUGUCAUUAACCAAAACGGUGGAUUCGGUCCACUUGAAUGCAAUAAUGCCGGUAUCUAUGCAAUUUUCUCGACCGCCAAUGAGAUCAUCGACGGUAAUGAAUACAUGCUUCCACUAUUUUAUAUUGGAAGAUCCACUAUAGAUGUUCGAGAUAGAAUUGCUGAUCACAGUAGACGAAACCAUGUUGAUAAUGAUUUCAUUGUGUGUUAUAUGCGUUUCCCAGCAUUGGAUGAUUAUGGUUACAGUAACAAAGUAACACCCGUUGAACAAGCUCUCCUUCACCAAUUCAAAACUCAAUUCAACUCAUGGGAUAACCUCGGUUUUGAUCCACAGUAUGAUACUGCUUAUCCAGAUGAAAAUGGUUUGGGAUGGGAUAUCCUUGCAUCUUUUUAUAAUAUGGAUAUCAAUGCUCCAUCUUUUAAUAUUGAAAAAGAGCCAGGCUUUGUAUGGAAUGGUCAAACUAAUGGACAUACUGAACGUUUCGUCCAAUCAUCAUUAAAAGCUGAUCAAUCUGAAAUAUUUCCAGAGGGUAUACCAUUCAGAACUGGUGAAGUAGCCAUAGAAGGCAGUGAUUUCUGUAAUAGAACUGAAGAGGAUUAUACUUUUCAUUCGCAGGGCUACUACCUAAGAAUAUCAAAUGCUUUGGCAUCAAGAAAUAAGAAUUCAAAUCAAAAUCAAAAUCAAAAUCAAAAUCAAAAUCAAAAUCAAAAUCAAAAUCAAAAUCAAAAUCAAAAUCAAAAUCAAAAUCAUAAUCAGAAUCAAAAUCCACAUUCAAACUUUCAGGUUUCUAAUGAUCAAUUAAUUGCUAUAGAUGUUGGUAUUGCAGGUGGUGCUAUCGUUGCAGGCGCUGGUGCAGCAGCAGCCGGUGCAGCAGCCGGUGCUGAGGGUGGUGCCGCAGGAGUUGCUUCCAGAGCUGGUGGUUAUAUUUCUCGUACUGCUAGUCGUGUUGGUAACUCUAUACGUAGCAGAGCUACUCGUUAUGCUAAUCAAGGUUACAAUUCCAUGAGAAAUGGUGCACAAAGAGCUGGCAACGGCGCACGUAAUUAUGCUAAUGAAGGUUACAAUUCCGUGAGAGAUGGUGCACAAAGAGCUGGCAACGGCGCACGUAAUUAUGCUCAACAAGGUUAUCAAGCAUGGAGAGAAGGUGUCAAUGAGAUUGGUGAUGAUAUCGCCAAUACUGCACAUGAUGUAGGUGAUGGUUUCGCCAAUACUGCACGUGAAGUAGGUGAUGGAAUUAGAAUCACUGCAGAGGAGGGAUAUGAACUCAUUAAAGAUGGAGCUGAAGAAACUUGGGUGAAGAAAUAUUAA